GCGACAACAGUCCACCGUGAACCCGGCUGUUAAGCCCUUCCCCGCGUCGAACGCAUACUCGCAAAGCAGCCGUGUGAUGCAGUGGUAAAGACUUCACUGAGGAGAUAUCCCGUAACGUCCGUUCACUCGUAGGCCUAGAAUACACACAAAACAAUUCAACAUGGAUCACUCUGCAAAAGAAAAGGAGGCAAUGGCUCUGGUGGCAGAGGCAGAUAAGAAAAUGAGGUCACCAAAGUCGUUUAUGGGGACGUUAUUUGGGAACUCUUCAAAGGCUGAAGAAGCCUGUGAUAUGUAUGUAAGAGCUGGAAAUAUGUUCAAGAUGGCCAAAAAUUGGAACGCGGCAGGUAAUGCUUUCUGCAAAUCUGCCCGACUGAACCUGCAAGUGGACAACAAACUAAAUGCUGCUGUGAGCUUUAUUGACGCAGGGAAUGCCUUUAAAAAAUCUGACCCUGAAGAGGCAGUGAAGUGUCUUGGCCUGGCAAUUGAGAUUUACACUGACAUGGGGCGUUUCACAAUUGCAGCUAAAAACCAUGUUAUCUGUGCUGAGAUCUAUGAAAAUGAGCUGCUGGACGUUGACAAGGCAGUUGCUCAAUAUGAACAAGCCGCAGAUUAUUACAAAAUGGAGGAAUCUACCAGUGCUGGCAAUAAAUGUCUCCUGAAAGUGGCUACUUUUGCUGCCCAACUGGAACAGUACCAGAAAGCUAUUGAAAUCUAUGAGCAGAUUGGCACCUAUGCAAUGGAUAGCACUUUGCUCAAGUAUGGUGCGAAAGACUACUUCUUCAAAGCAGCACUCUGUCACUUUUGUGUUGACAUGCUGAAUGCUAAGUUGGCAGUUCAGAGGUAUGAGGAAAUGUUUCCAGCUUUCUCCGACUGUAGAGAGUGUAAACUGGUCAAGAAACUCCUUGAUGCAUUUGAUGAACAGAAUAUCGAUGCAUACACUGAUGCUAUAAAGGAUUUUGACUCGAUCACCAGGCUGGAUCAGUGGUAUACCACCAUGUUACUGAGAAUCAAGAAGGGCAUCCAGGAUGACGAGAGUGACCUGCGCUAACACCCUUUCCCGCUGCCUGAUGACGCCUCUCCCCUUCUCCUCUCGUAUCGUUGUUUACACCUUUCAACAUGAACUGUACCCACUUUUUUUCUUUUGUGGUAUGUUCACAAGAAAGGAUUAUGGGUAAUCUUUCCAAAGAACAGUUGUAUAUGUUUUGCCAAGCAGAGCUGACCUUAACUGCAGCUUAACCUUUUAUGUUUGUUAGAGAAACAGUAUUGGUUCUGCUGGCUUCAUAAAAUGUAUUUAUUUUCAACCCAUACCUUGCUGUAAUGGUAAUUUCCUCCUCAUUUAUAGUCAUAUAUACUAUUUGUACUCUUGCAUGCCGGGCUGGUCACUUACGGAUUGCCAAAAAGUUACCUUUCCAUUUUUCAGCUUGAAUGCUGUUCAGUGAGUUUGAUUUAAAAACCCCAUUUCAGGAAUCCAGAACUGGAACAACAGGAAGCUCAUGGCAUUGUAAUGCUUAUCUAGGUUUAACAAAAAAAACAUGCUUUUGUGUAAGCUAUAUUUUGCUUACUUCAUUUAGCAUUUGCAUGGCUCACCUAGUGUCUUUGAUAUCUUGCCAAACAGCUGCGAAGUUGGUGUCAGUAAAGUUCACCACCUGUCAUCAUGUAAAAUUGUAAGUCAUUUUGCAAGAUGUUUUAAAUUAUAAGUACAGGAGAUUGUUGAGAAAAUUACUGACUGGUUUGACACUGGACAUUCACUUUGCCAACUGCAAAAACAGUGCAGUGUAGUAGAACAAGCCCAGAUACACCUGACAGUAAUGUGAGUUUUCCAAAGUUUUGUGGGGUUUGAAAACGACUUUGUUUAAACGGAACUUGACACUUACACUGUCAGUACGGUUAUGCAAGAGAGAGGCUAAAAAUGGUGGGAAAUUAGCUUUUUAAUGAGGCAUGGAGUUGAGAAUUCAACUUCCUUACUUCCUGUCUUUGCCAGGUACACCUAAAUGAAUCUGUAGCAUCUUCUCUGACUUUUUCGUAAUGAGGAAUUACACAAGAAAUUGUAUUAUUUAUUAUAUAGGAGCACUUCCUGCAUACCAGAUAACCUGCAUUCAUUCAGUAUAGUCUGUUCAGCAUGAUAUUUCAUACAGAGUAACAUUCUUUGGUUUUUGGUUUGCAUAGGCUAACCUGAAUUUAUUGAGUCUUCUGUUUAAACUUAACCAUACACAUAUUUAAUUUGAUAUAGGUUGUAUAUUGAAUUAUACUAAUUAUUUCCUCUAUUGAGGAAUUUGCAGAUAGCUUAAUGUUAUUAAGCUUUCAGAAUAUAAAAAAACACCAUCUAAUAAUGUCAUGGACCUCACCCAAAUAUAUUUAUUUUUUAUGAAUCUCAAUAUGUGAGAUCCAGGAGAACUUGCAUGACAUUUUACUGUGAUUAAACUUUACCAAGCACUACCAAGGAUUUGAAACCAUAUUUUCUUUAUACAGCUGUUACUGAAAACAUUGUUAGUUUAGAUUAACCUCAUGGAUUUUGAACCAUUUCUUCUAAAAGAAUGUUUCCUGUAUUUCUUUCCUUGUCUAUUUCUACAUUUCUUUACGUAACUUAAUUUAGAGGCAUAGCAGAUCACAUGAUUUAGCGUGAUUAAUCUGGCUGAAUACUGCAAUUGCUGAAAUGCAAUGUCAAUUGUAAUAUAAGUGAAUACACUGAAUGUUCUCUAGAUAACAUUUAGCAAAGAUCUUUUAGUCUGACCAAGAGAUGUGAUAACAUUUUAACUCAGUACUUCAGUAAACUGAUCUUAGUGAUUUUCUUGUAUCCUAAUGAAUUCUUUGAAAAAAGCAAAAUAAAAAUACUAUACUGUUA